UUCCCCAUUGAAUCCUUUGAAAGCCGUUAAGCACUGAUAUCCAAUUCAGUGACUGCCUCUGGCCACAUAUGCAGGAUACUGCCUUAGUAGCUUCCUGACCCUCUGGAGGGAGGGAUGUUUCCUUAUGUGUUUGCUGGGAACUUUGGUGAUUUUUCAGUCACUGCAUUCAUAUUGAAGGAAAUUAGUGAGGUUAGUGAAAAUAAAGCUGUGAUUUUUUCCUACCCAAGUUCGCAGUCCUUUUCCCCCUUGAAAUCUAUCCAUGAAACCCCGAUUUAGCUCACUCUGCUAAUUCUAGGUAAUCAAAGUGACCUGCUUAAAGGUCAUACAAGUAUUAAGUAGAAGAGACGUUUCUAUGGGCAUCUACUUUGUUUCCAAUUCUAUUGCUAACACAAGAAGUGCAGCUAAAAUAUAUUUUGGUGUAAAUGGGGCCUUUGUUCCUGUCAGUGGCCUCCAUGGCUUUUAGGCCUAAUAGCCGAACCUCUGGGUUAAAGGUAUUCUUCCAGCGUUGGUGAUUCUCAUCAUUUGUCAUCUUUGCCAGUUCGCAGAGCAUGCGGUGAACCUCAAGAUUAUUUAGCUGUUACAGCCUUUUUAUUAAGAGACUUGGAAACUGAAACAUUAUGAAUGUGAAUGACCUCAAGUGUAGGUUGUCCGAGGCUGGGCAGGACCAUCUACUACAGUUCUGGGAUGAGCUGGAAGAAACCCAACAGGAUGAACUUUAUGAAGAGCUACGAGCCAUUAAUUUUGAGGAGCUGAACUGCUUUUUCCAAAAGGCGAUGGAAGGAUUUCAUCAGUCCUCUUGUCCAGAAAAGGUAGAUGCGCGGAUGGAGCCUGUACCUCGAGAAGUAUUGGGCAGUGCCACAAGGGACCAAGAAAAGAUCCAACACUGGGAAAGAGAAGGCCUUCUUCAGAUUUCCCAAAACAAAGUGGCAGUUCUUCUCCUGGCUGGUGGUCAGGGCACAAGACUUGGUGUGGCAUAUCCCAAAGGAAUGUAUGACGUGGGUUUGCCAUCUCAUAAAACUCUCUUCCAGAUCCAAGCUGAGCGCAUUUUGAAACUACAACAGCUAGUUGAAAAACAUCAUGGCAGCCAGUGCAUCAUUCCUUGGUACAUUAUGACCAGUGGCAGGACCAUGGAAUCUACAAAGGAGUUCUUCUCAAAGCACAAGUACUUUGGUUUGAAAAAGGAGAAUAUAAUCUUUUUUCAACAAGGAAUGCUACCUGCUAUGCAGUUUGAUGGGAAAAUUAUUUUAGAAGAGAAGAGCAAAGUUUCCAUGGCUCCAGACGGGAAUGGUGGUCUUUACCGAGCACUUGCAGCCCAUGGCAUUGUGGAAGAUAUGGAGAAAAGGGGCAUUUGGGGAAUCCAUGUCUACUGUGUUGACAACAUCUUGGUGAAAGUAGCAGACCCACGUUUCAUUGGAUUCUGCAUUCAAAAGGGAGCAGACUGUGGAGCAAAGGUUGUGGAGAAGACGAACCCUACGGAGCCUGUUGGGGUAGUGUGUAGAGUUGAUGGUGUCUACCAGGUGGUAGAAUAUAGUGAAAUCUCACUGGCCACAGCCCAGAGGCGAAGCCCCGAUGGACGGCUGCUGUUCAAUGCAGGGAACAUUGCCAAUCAUUUCUUCACUGUGCCUUUCCUGAGAGAUGUGGUCAACAUUUAUGAACCACAGUUGCAGCACCACGUGGCUCAGAAGAAGAUUCCAUAUGUGGAUACCCAGGGGCAACUCAUUAAGCCAGACAAACCAAAUGGGAUAAAGAUGGAAAAAUUUGUCUUCGACAUCUUUCAGUUUGCUAAGAAGUUUGUGGUGUAUGAAGUAUUGCGGGAAGAUGAGUUCUCGCCCUUGAAGAAUGCAGACAGUCAGAAUGGGAAGGACAACCCCACGACUGCGCGGCAUGCGUUAAUGUCCCUGCAUCACUGCUGGGUCCUCAACGCUGGGGGUCACUUCAUAGAUGAAAAUGGGUCUCGUCUUCCUGCCAUUCCUCGCCAUGCUACAAAUGGAAAGUCAGAGCCGCUCACAGCUGAUGUCAAUCACAACUUGAAGGAUGCCAAUGACCUACCCAUUCAGUGUGAAAUCUCGCCUCUUGUCUCCUAUGCUGGCGAAGGCCUUGAAAGUUAUGUGGCAGAAAAAGAAUUCCAUGCUCCUUUAAUCAUUGAUGAGAAUGGUGUCCAUGAGCUGGUGAAGAAUGGCAUCUGAGCUACAUGGCUGUGCCAUGUAUCCACAGGAGUCACUCUCAUUUGUAACGGGCCAACUGGGAAGGAAUGUCAAGGGCAGUCAUAGAAGGCUGAAGUUUGGGAAUCCAUUGGGUUAAUUGUUUCACUUGUUCCAGCUGUUAAAAACUCCCUGGAGAGCUCAUUGCCCAGACUGAGAUUUCCUCUUGGCUUGUGGCUCAUUGAAGUUCUUAUUUAUAUUUUUUAUUGUAUAUUUUCUGCCCAGAAAAGGAACACAAUGGCUGUACAAGGAAAUUUCCUCUGGCUAAACACCAUCAAAGGUGUUUCUUGCUGUCUUACUCAGAAUUGGGAACAUUUAUUUUUCAAGUUGUAUAGAGUAAUAAACCAUUGUACACGAAUCGUUUA